AUUUGUGCCCGAACCACACUGCAUGAUUCGUAUGCAUUGUAAUAGACAGGCACUAUUUAGCUCAAUGAGGAUGAUGUCAGCGUUUACAGCUGAUGAAAAUAGAGCAAGAAUAUUACUUCACUGGAACAGUCAAAGGCGACCACAUUUCCAAUUCUCUGCGCUUGUGAGCUAAGGCUAGGGCCGGUAAUGGACAGCGAUGACGAUAUAGAAGAAAUCGUGGAAGCCUGUUGUGUUUUUAUUCAGGGUUACAGGCCGGUUGCGCCGGGGACUUUAUUUCCGACGGAAACCCAGGCAUAGGGGGAGUGAAUCAGUCGUGGCGACUAGAGUCCCAUGGAUGAGGAUGACCAGCCUCACGGCUUCUGCACGGUCAGCUUCUCCUCCAGCGAUCGUUUCGAAGGACACUUCACACACGGAGAGAAGAACGGCAGGGGCAAGUUCUUCUUUUUCGAUGGCAGCACGCUGGAGGGGUUUUAUGUGGAUGAUGCGUUACAGGGCCAGGGGGUGUACUCGUACGAGGAUGGGGGGGUCCUCCACGGGACCUAUGUGGACGGAGACCUGAACGGCCCAGCACAGGAGUUUGACUCUGAGGGCCAGCUGAUGUUCAGGGGCCAGUACAAAGAUAACAGCCGCUGUGGAGAGUGCUGGAUCUUCUACCCUGAUCGCGGGAGUGUUUUUGGGCAGGUGAACGAGGAGGGUGAGAUGACCGGUAAUUCACUGGCGUAUGUCUACCCAGACGGACAAACGGCAUUCUACGGCAGCUUCGUGGAGGGGGAGCUGAUUGAGGCUCGACUGGCCACCCUGGUUGCCACGGAGAACGGCAGACCGCACUUUGACGUUUCACCCGACAGUCCGGUCUAUACCUACGAUAAGUCCACCUCCACCUGCAUUGCCACCCACACUCUGCUUCCAGAUCCCUAUGAAAGCAAAAGGGUGUUUGUGGCAGACUCACUGAUCCCAGGCGCAGGAGAAGGCUUGUUCGCCAAGAUGGAUGUUGAGGCCAAUUCUGUAAUGGCCUUUUACAAUGGCGUGCGCAUCACACACUCGGAGGUGGACAGCAGGGAUUGGUCGCUGAACGGCAACACCAUCUCCCUGGACGAGGACACCGUGAUCGACGUCCCCCCACCGUUCCACCAGACCGACAGAUACUGUGCCUCACUGGGACACAAGGCCAACCACUCCUUCACCCCCAACUGCAAAUACGACCCGUUCGUCCACCCUCGUUUUGGACCCAUCAAGUGCAUUCGCACCAUCCAGGCCGUGCAGAGGAACGAGGAGCUGACUGUCGCCUACGGUUACGACCACGAGCCGUCAGGGAGGACCGGCCCGGAGGCACCGGACUGGUACAAACAGGAACUUCAGGUCUUCCAGGAGAGGCAGGCUGCCGGUGGCGACAGCCAAUGAAAACGACUCCUUACACAGCUACCCCUCCGCACCCGCCCCCUUGUUGAGGACAAUUAAAAAUCGACUCCUGAAAGAGCCACCUACCCACUUCCCUGACCUUUACACAGGGAAAAUACACCCACAACCUAAAGGACGUUUACAGUAUUAAAGGAAAUUCUAAAUAUUGACCCGGCCUGUGUCACAAAGCUGAUACUGAUGCUUGUUACGCUUGAAACCCAAACACCUUAAACCGCAGUCUUAACGCAGCUCCGCCUGAACAACACCUCCUCUGUAACUGCCCUCCACACUGACUCCAGCUAUACCCGAGGCCCGGCCUGGCUACGGCAACACCUCCCAGGACAAAACGGCACAAAGCACAACACUGAGACCUCUUGUCAGACGUCGCCGGACCACGUGAAGGAACGUUCCCGGAGCCUGAUGUCACAGGUGGCGGGUGGGACGUGUCGUUUUGUGAGUUCUAGGCGUGUAACGCGGCUGAGCGUGGACGUGGUUAAGGACGCUGUGCUGCUACAGAGACCAGCCCUACCCCGGCCUACCUUGGACUGACGCCUACCUGCCCCCAUCCCAUUUGAGGUGUAAGGAUGUACUGCUGUACUUUCUGCUCCGAGUGUGUCUCCAUCCUCAACCUGUGUUUGUUUGUUUUAUAUACAACAGAUGGGUGUGAACUAGUGUAGGGUAGCGUGUCCCUGGUGUUAAUUUUCACUAUUAGACCCCUAUUCCCUUCACGCCUCUGUAACAGUGCGUUAGGUUGCUCCCACAUCUAGCUUGUUUAGUCCGGUUGCAUCAAACCAAGUAGCGCGCCCUGAGUGCGCUUUGGGUAUUUGCCCACCGAGCGAAAGACAUUUAUGACCACAUGGAGUUUGCAUCCAAGAUUUUGUCCUCUCAAAUUAUGGCAGGGGGUGAAACCUUAUAUGACUAAAUAGGAAUGGAAACAAAAAUAUUUUUGCUUUGAUUCGGACUAAGCGAAGGGGCUGGUGAGAGCGACCUUGGUGUGGUUGUGACUGUUUGUACGCUGGAUGUUUAAUCCUGGUCUGAUUCAGUUUCAACCGGUAUCAAGACCAUGGCCUGCAUUCAAUCGGAAAUUGGGUUAUUGGCAUUGCCAGCCUAGCUAUACUGUAAAUGGUAGCCUGGCAACAAGGCAUUCAUGAGCUGCAGCGACUAAAACCCAUUUUGGGAAAUAUUUCAGGCUCCUGGCUUCCUAUGUACACCGAGCGAAUCGUGAUAUGAAUAUACUAGUGGGCGACUUACAGCUGACAGAAGAAAUUUAAAUUCAGUGAUGAAGUUCUAAUCGACGAUGUAGUUAGAUUUAUUUAUAAAUCGUUUCACGUGUUUCAGGCCAGGUGAGCUUAACCAUGGAGACUGCUUAUUAUGCAAAUAGUCUGGGGAAACUAUAAGAUUUAACUGGGAUGACAAUAACUAUGACAAAUGUUUAGUAGCCCAGGAAAAAGUAAAAUAAAGAACGUGAACCAUUCAA